AUGAGAAGUGGACUCGAAGUAGCGUGGGUGAUACUUGCCGUCAUUGGCAUUGCGGACACUAGGUUAUGGCUUAGCGUAGAAAUGUGGCGCACAGGUAAAGACAUAUAUAGAUUCCUGGCAUGCGAGCUCACGAAACGAAACUGCAUGCUGAGUCGACGCCAGGUUGAACCACAGCGCGAGAUGAAGAUCGCAGGAGUGCUGCUCUUGCUGAACGAGGGCUUGUGUUGUAGGGAAACUCAGUUUCAUAGCGUCUCGGGAACAGGAGCUAUUUCUUAUUACAUGCCGUUGAGUUCCUGGUGCUCAGAGUCGUCUCGCGAUAGUUACUUCGACAGUUUUGUAGGAUCUAUUGAAGCGUUAUUAUUAGGGCUUGAUCUGACUUGGUUUCUGAGUUUUUCGGGUCGCUUCUCUACUGACACUUGUCUACAAUUUGAUAUCAACUCCAGUGCGACAUGGCAAAAUUUCCUGUCGGGCUGCCCCAGGUUGUGUCUGUAA